AUGGAAAAGAACAUCUGCUAUCGGCAGCGAGGAGAAAAGAAGUCGUCUACGACGAUUGCGUACUCGAGGACUCCUUGUCCCAAGGAUAAUGGCACAUCAAGGAGGACCCAAAUGGUGGACUACGAGACCACCAAGGAAUCGUUCAAAAGAAGAAGGGCUUUGAGGCUAGAACUGAAUGCAUCGCACAUAAAAUGGAUAGUUGCUAACAAAAACCUAACACUAGCUGUAAUAAAGAAGAAGAAGAAGAUUUUGCGGAAGAUUUUUCAAAACACACGGGUCACUAGAAGAAAGAAGAUUCUGGAAGCAGCACAAAGAAGAACGAGUCUAAAGAAGUGUUGCAGGGAUCUCCGAGAAUAUAAUAUUCCGCUAGCAGCAUUGCUGAGCGAAGAAGGGACUCGCACGUCUUCUCGUCGUCAGAUGGAAAUCAUUACGGAGAGGUUCUAUUCGAACCUUUUCCGUUCAUCAACUCCUGUGUCAAUUCCAAUCAUCCCCACUGGUGAAACUCCACCACAGAUUUUCUCUUCGGAGGUACGAGUCGCUAUCAAGAGCAUGAAACAUGGCACAGCCCCCGGACCUGAUUUUAUAUCAGCUGAAUUUCUUCGGGCUGGUGGCCAUCCACCUCAUUUAAUCUUAGCAGUGCACAUGACAUCCUACCUUCAGAAAAAAAAAAUCCCAAACCGGUGGAAGACCUCGCGAACCGUUCUUAUCCAUAAGAAAGGUGACCGAGAGGACCUUCGGAACUACCUCCGAUAUGCUUGCUGA